ACCGCCAAGACGAGAAAGGAAGGCAUUGAAAAAGCAAAAGCGAUCCAACAAGCGCUCAAAAUUCACUCUUCUCUCAUUCCUUCUCUGCUUCCACCAUCUCCAGGUUCAAAAAAUGGCGGGAAAAGGCGGCAAGGGGCUUUUAGCCGCAAAGACUCCGGCUGCUAACAAAGAUAAGGACAAGGACAAGAAGAAGCCCAUCUCUCGGUCCUCCCGUGCUGGUAUACAGUUCCCAGUGGGACGAAUUCACAGGCAUCUUAAAACAAGAAUAUCUGCAAAUGGGCGAGUUGGUGCGACUGCUGCAGUGUACCUAGCAUCAAUUCUGGAGUAUCUGACCGCGGAAGUGCUGGAGUUGGCUGGAAAUGCGAGCAAGGAUCUGAAAGUGAAGAGGAUCACUCCAAGACACCUUCAGCUGGCCAUUAGAGGAGACGAAGAGCUUGAUACCCUGAUCAAAGGAACCAUUGCUGGAGGUGGUGUGAUUCCUCAUAUUCACAAGUCCCUCAUUAACAAAGCCUCCAAGGAUUGAGACAUUCACUUGUAUCACUAAGUAGUUUAGCUUAAUCUUCAGACAUUUACUAGUGGCAUCCAAGGAUUGACACAUUCAUUCCUUGCAUGCUUUUGUGAAGCCUUGUUAUUAUUUUCCCUCUUCCUUCUUUUGUGUAUUUGGACAAGUAUAUUUGUUCAGUGUAAGAUUGUUAUGUUUUGUUGGAUGGUUUUUAAUUUACCUUACUUUCGACAA